AUGGCUGAUUGUACUCUUAAAGUGGAGACCAAUCUUGAUGGGUCAGCUAUUGUAGAAGAUUGGGAACACAAUAUUGAUGUGGCUGGGUUUUGUUUUCUAGACCUUACCUCAAAUUAUGUGCUGGCAGACUCACUUGUGAAAUGGAUUAAAGGUGGUAGAAAGCCUAUCUAUAUUGGCUUUAGUAGCCUUACUAUUCUGGAACCUGACGAAAUGACCCAGGCAAUUACCCAAGCUCCUGAAAUAACUGAUCAAAGGGGCAUCAUUAGCAAAGGAUGGGGAAGCCUGGGGAACUUGGCAGAACCAGCAGACUUUAUAUACUUGGUGGAUAAGUGCCCUCAUAACUGGUUAUUCUUUCAAUAUGCAGCUGUGGCACACCAUGGAGGUGCAGGAACAAGUGUUGCUGGUACUAAACUUGAACUCUAUCAGGUUGCCCUAGAGAUUGAUCUUGGACACUUAAGAAGGAGAAAGAAGGAAAGAAGGAUGAACCCUAUAGAGAAGGCUGGAAUUGGAUAA